AUGGCAGUCACUCUCCACACCACCCAUGGGCCCCUCAAGCUUGAACUCUUCUGCACAGCCUGCCCGCGCACGACUUAUAACUUCCUCGCCCUUUGCGCCAGCUCAGCCUACAAUAACUCGCCGUUCCAUCGCAGCAUUCCGAACUUCAUGAUACAAGGGGGCUCUCCUGCUGAAGCCACACCAAAAUCUAACAUCUCCAUCUACCCCACGGAAACCGGCGUGUUCGAGGACGAAAUCCAACCUACCCUAAGGCACAACGCUCGCGGCAUCGUCAGCAUGGCGAACAAGGGACCUAACACGAACGGGUGUCAAUUCUUCAUAACGUUUGCUGGGGCUCCGCAUUUGGAUGGGAAGAACACUGUCUUCGGACGGGUAUUGGAGGGGUGGGAGACGCUAGAUGCUAUGGAGGCGGUCGGUGUGGAUGUAAAGAAUAGGCCACAGCAGCCGAUUAAGAUUCAGAGGGUUGUGGUGCAUGCGAACCCUUUGGCGGAUGGGUGA